AUUUUUUGCUGAAAUUGUUUAAACAUGACCACUAAAACGUGUAAGUUGGAAAAAUUCUGUUUCUGUAUUCCGCGAAAAUGGGGAAUGCUUAUUAUAGCCAUUUUUGAUACAAUAUUAGACGUGCUUGGACUGAUUGCAUUAUGUCUUGAAGAAGAUAAGGAUUACUACAUUAAGCUGGCUUUAUCAGCUCAUAUUUUCGUAAUCCACUUUUUUGCAUGCAUUGCAUUAAUAGUGUCAAUUUGGUUGAAAAAACAGGAAUUAGUUGUUUGUUAUCUGUUUAUCGGAGGCUUUCGACUUGGCCAUGUUAUAUACAUAAUCGUCGCUGGAUUUUUUUGUGGGUGGAUCUUUGUCAUUAUAAGCUAUAUAUUUAUUUUCAUUAUUGGCUUAUACUUUUUGGUCUGUGUUUUCUUUUGGUACACUGAACUCGAUGAUCAGAAAUAAAAUUAUGCUGUGUCGUGUAUAUGUAAAUAAAUUGAGAAAGUGUUAGUGAAAGAUAUAUAAAA